AGUGUUGAGCCAGGGAAACGUCACCGCAGACCAUCGGACAGUGACAACGAGGAUGAUGGGCAAGUUCGCAAGGCCGUCAAGAUCCAGGAAAGCAGGGGGCGACCAAAGGCUGCUGACUAUGAACCAUCUGUUCGUACGAUUUUUGGUGUUGCUUGGGCACUAUAUCGCGGGCAUCUCUGCACAGAGGGAGCUAUGCCCGAUCGGAUGCAGGAGGUCACUUGGGCGAAGUUAGCAUGGAACGAUGCAUGUAAGAGGCUACAGACUCAUGUCGCUUAUGACGCCGAGAUUAUUAAAAUGAUCACUUCCCAAGGCUCUCACUUUCGUGGCGAGGUCAAGAGUAAAGUCCGACCAUAUGUUGCAGAUGAGUAUGGGUUUGAGACGAGUACAAAGCAAUCUGUGAUUGAUCGCAAUGUCAUGCUCACGCGGGAGCUCAAGAAGGAUUUUGGAUUUGUUUAUAAGGUAAUGUAUUAUCAGACUCGCACUCCUGAUGGUAACAAAGGAUUGUAUCAUGCGAAGAUCAUCCAGAAGGUGGUGAAUACGAUGUGGUUUCGUGAUAAGAAGGACGAAGGUGUGCUUUACCCUGAGUUCUACAAACCUUUCCCAGAGGUUGGGCUUGCAUUGCUCCUGACUGCGAUUGAAAGCGGCAUCGACAAGUGGAGCACUGGUGCUCAAUCAAACAAGAUGUUCACCGUGGAUGAGUAUCAGGGUGUGCUCGAUGAGCAUCUCAAUAACCUCGCAGAUUUUGAUGAGCAUACCAAAGCUCAGGGCCUGCUUCCAAAGUUGUUGUCCCGUCUUCAUGACAAUGGC